AUGAAGACCGCAUUUCUCCUCGCAGCUCUGGCAGCCUGCGUCGUUUCUCUCCCAACAGCACCCCAUGUUGGACUUGCCCAGACCAAUGCGGAUGAAUCUUACCUCCCGAUGAAGGCUCGCGCGGAGACCAGUGCCGAUGAGUCGUAUCUGCCGAUGAAGCGGGCCGAGACGAGCGCCGACGAGUCUUAUGAUCCUAUGCGACGAGCUGAGACCAGUGCCGACGAGUCGUAUCUGCCGAUGAAGCGGGCCGAGACGAGCGCCGACGAGUCUUAUGAUCCUAUGCGACGAGCUGAGACCAGUGCCGACGAGUCGUAUCUGCCGAUGAAGCGGGCCGAGACGAGCGCCGACGAGUCGUAUUUGCCCAUGAAGCGUGCCGAGACUACCGCUGAUGAAUCUUACCUGCCAAUGAAGAGGGCCGAGACCAGUGCGGAUGAGUCCUAUCUUCCUAUGUAA